AAAAGGCAGUGUUUAUUCAGCGAAGCCCGCUAAAAUUGAAAGUAGUUCCCGAGACAAAUUAUGCGCAUUGUCCGAACAUUACGCGGGAAAUUCUUGCCGAUCGUUCCGGGCCAUAAAAUUCCGACAUGUGCACGCACUUCCACUACCCUCCUCCCGAGCUUCAGCGCGAGCUCGAGCAAAUCGCUCAGGCCGUGUGUGCUCCGGGAAAGGGUAUUUUGGCCGCGGACGAAUCAACGAGCACAAUCGGGAAGCGGCUGGACGGUAUCGGAGUGAAGAACACAGAGGAGAACCGGCGCGAUUACCGAGAGUUGCUCUUCACGGCGCCGGCGGAGCUGUCCGACUACAUCUCUGGGGUGCUGCUCUUCCACGAGACCGUCUACCAGACCACGGCCGACGGCAAGUCCAUGAUGGAGUUGCUGCGCAGGAGGAAGCUGAUCCCCGGCAUCAAGGUGGACACAGGCGUGGUGUCGCUGAUGGGUACGGACGCGGAGAAGACCACUCAGGGGCUCGACGAGCUGUCCAAGCGCUGCAGUCAGUACAAGAAGGACGGCUGCCAGUUCGCCAAGUGGCGCUGCGUUCUGAGGAUUGGUCCUAACACUCCCAGCUACCAGGCGAUGUUGGAGAACGCCAACGUCCUGGCGCGCUACGCCUCCAUCUGCCAGGCCAACGGACUGGUGCCGAUCGUCGAGCCAGAGGUCCUACCUGACGGCGACCACAGCCUGGAGCGAGCCCAAAAGGUCACUGAGACCGUGCUGGCCUUCGUCUACAAGGCGCUGCACGAUCACCACAUCCACCUGGAGGGCACCCUGCUAAAGCCCAACAUGGUGACGGCCGGCAAGACCAGUCGGCUGGUGUACCGCGCCGAGGACCAGGCGCGUGCCACUGUCGCCUGUCUGAUGCGCUGCGUGCCGCCCGCCGUGCCCGGCAUCACGUUCCUCUCCGGAGGUAUGACUGAGGAGGAGGCCACAGUGAUGCUCUGUGAGAUCAACAAGGUGCGCGGGAAGAAGCCCUGGGCGCUGACGUUCAGUUUCGGCCGCGCGCUGCAGGCGUCCGUGCUGCGGGUGUGGGCCGGGCGCAAGGAACAGGUGUUCGCGGCCCAGCAGCAGCUGCUGAACCGGGCCAGAGCCAACAGCCAGGCAGCACUGGGCACCUACCAGUCCGGCUCGUGCAAAGGAGUCGCCGCCCAGGCAGACCAGUUCAUCAAGAAUCACGAGUACUGAACGGAAGAUCAGUGGCGUUAUUUGACAGAGAUAAAGCACGAAGAAGAAGACGUUUAGAUGCGAUUCAUUAAAAAUUUGAAGAGGGCCUUUUCCCGAGUUUUAUACGUUGGCGCCUAUUUAUCCCACGCUUUUUAAAUGAAUUUUCUUAACCAAUGCCUAAACAUCAUGUACUGCGUCUUUCAAAAGUCGAGCUAGGCGUAACACCUUCAUAAAUUUUAAUUUGGUCACUAAUCAAUUAUGUAAAACGCAAGUUUUUUUUUACAAUGCGUCGGCUUCGAACCUGAAAUUUUGCAAAUAAUAACGCCUCUUCUGAA